CACAACCUCCCCUCCAGCUGUUAAGGCUCGUUAGAUUAGAUAACGUGUAUGCUCGUUAACAGCUGACUGUCAAAGUGAACCAGUUUUUCUUUAUGAACCAUGAUGUGUUCAGGAGAUGAAGACGACCCGUUCCCGGUGGACGACGGUCUGUUUGCGGACACUUUCUCUCAGGACACCGUGUACUCUCUCGCCGGCCAGCAGCUGAAGAUCCGCCAGCUGUUCGGGGCUAACCUCGGCGUGGCUGCUCCGGUGUGGGAGGCUGCGUUACAGCUGUGUUGUUACUUGGAGGAUCAGUCGGUGGAGUUGAGAGGAAGGAGCAUCAUAGAGCUGGGAGCAGGGACCGGUGUGGUCGGGAUCCUGGCUGCACGACUCGAGUCCCUUUAUUUUGUCUCAACCACACUUCCGGUCUACAGAUGUGAAAUUCACAGUGGCUUCCACCAGAGGCGCUGCUAACCUGCUGCAGCUGUCCCAGCAGGUGUUGCUCUUUAAGUGUCUGUGUUGAGCACUUACACUGUCCAGUAGUGGAAGAAGUACUCAGAUACUUAAAGGGACUGUUUGUAAGAAUCAGAAAUGCUUGUUAACAGCGACACCUGUGGCCGUUAAGUCAACGUAAGUCUUUGUCUUGGAGAAAAAUGGAUUUACCUCCGAUACAUGUGUGGGUGAGGGAGAUGGCAUCUUGUGUUGUACUGGAGAGACUUACGUACAUAACCAGAGGAAAAGCAGCAGAAUUUGAAAAUAUCUGGAAACCUUUGUUGGAGUUUCUUGGACGUCAGGGGGCACAGUCAAAUUGAAACUGCUGUGUGUUGUUGAGUGCUGUUGUUGAAAUUGUUGUUGUUGUUGUUGUUGUUGUUGUUGUUGUUGUUUUUGUUUUUUCUCUUCUUUGAGGUAUUUAUUUAUUU